GCCUGGGAAAACAAUUCCUGGGAACCCAGCGUCCAGAACCAGAGGGGGAGUCAGAAUUGGGAAGAUGAAGGAUCGAAGCAAAAAAGUGGAAUCAUCCCUGGAUGGUCUCGCAAAAAGCAGAAGAAUGACUGCACUGACAAGCAAGACAAGCAGGAUUGGAAUGCCUGGAACACUCAGAAUGAAGGUUGGAAUGUUGAUGGCUGGCAGAAUUCACGGUCCAAGAAGUCAAAGGAUAGUGAUGAUCACAACAGCAGAUCUCGCAAAGCCCGAGAUGUGCCUCCCGUUUUGUAUCCUCAGGCCUUUAUCUCAGACAUCCCCGUGGAAUUUGAUGAGAACAUGGUGAAUAAUAUGCACACUCAAUGCGGCGUGGCGCGCCAUGAUUUGCCAAUCUCUGUGAAAUUCUUGCCAUCCAAGGACAAAACGGGGGAGACUUGCGCCUGCAUUACUCGCUACGAGAAGGAAGAGACUCUGGAAUUCGUGAUAAAAACGAUGCACGGAAAACAGCUCAGCACGAGAAGCGGUAAGCACAAGACCGUAGGCGUGAAACGCGCCCGCCCUGCACGGUGGAUGGUCAAGGCUGGCUUGGCACGAGAUGAAGAGCCAGGUCAGGUGCAGCACGAGGAUGCAUUCAAAAAGAAGUGGCCGAAGCAGGUCAACAAGGAAAACUUUGAUGUCGUGGUUGCUCCAAAGCAGCUGUUGGAUGAAUGGGUUGAACAUGAAGGCACCAUCAUUCAGUGGUAUCCCAGUCAGGCAUCAGGCUUCCUUCGCACAAAUGAUGGCGUUGACCUUUUUGCUCAGUCCAAUUGGUUUUUAAAUUUGGAUGACGGAGAGGUGCCAGAGAUUGGACGUCGCGUGGUCUUUGAGGUGACUUGGAACAGAGACAAAGAUCGUUACCACGGCCGCAACAUUUGCUUAGUGAAACCCACCGAGCACUUUCCCAGCGACCUUCCGGAUGGGCCUCAACUUCCGUUGAUGAUCACGCCAGAGCAAUAUGAGCCGGUGGAAGGCCUGGACUACUUCUGCAACAUUUGGAAUCUGACCUCGGCCACGCGGCGCUGGCUUCUGAAACUCACUCCAGAGGUGCAAGAGAAACUGAUCAAUGAGUUCGAUGAUUCAUUUGUUCCAGAUCCACUCGAUCCUUCAGAGGAGAUUACUCUGCAUGUAUCCUCUUCAGUGGCCGUUGGAGGACUUCACAGCAACAUCACAGAGGAGGUCCUGUGGAAACUCUUCAGCCGUUUCGGCAAAGUACAGAGCUGCAGGUUUUUGGGUGGCACUGCCGUCAUAGAGAUGGAGGACGAAGAGGAAGCGCUCCUCGCGGUCCAAGAUGUCAUGCUCUCAACUGACUGGCCAGGUGCCUUAGUGGCCUACUUCUACCAUGCUACGCCGCCAUUGGGCCUACGAGAACUCCCCGAAGGUCAACGCAUCUUCGGCAUUUGUAAGAAGUGGAACCGUGCGACUGGCUGUGGCUUCAUUACAGCGAAUGGUGUAGGCCCUGACCUUCCUAUCACCUCUGAUACCUUGGAGGAUGUGGUGACCUUGAUGCCAGGUGCACCAGUACUUUUUAUGGUGGAACGGCAGUACCAAUCUGGCUUCGAUCACUCCGUGGCAGUGAUCGAUCGCUGCAUGGGCGACCGUCAAGCUGUCCGUCAGCAAGUGAGUUCCACCUUCGGCACAGACUCUGCGGUGCGCAACUGGGCUCGGCAGGUAUUGACAACACUUCGUGGAAUUGAAGACCUAGAUGAGUCGCAUCGUUGCGCACUUCUGGAGCUCUUGAAAUCAGGACAAGGAGCUUCGAAUUCAGAGUUGAAAAGCUCGAAGGUCCCGACCAAGAGGAAGCGGACUGCACCGAAAAAAGACACUGCACCUGCGCCUCAAGAGGUGCCAGUCACCCCAGCUGCAUCAGCUGCACCAGCUGAAGCAGCUGAACCUGGGCCAGUAGCCAGUCCUGAGGACAGUGAUGUGGAGCUCACCUUCGAUGACCCGCCCCCGAAAGGCCGUGUGCCCUUGGGGCCCUUGGACCUGGACGAAUCAGAAUGA